GUAUGUUAGUUCUGCAAUGGAUAUACCACCUAAACUUGCUGGAGUAUCAAAUCUCACCAAGAGAUUGGAGACAUAUUUAAAAUCGUGUCUUGCCAAAGUCGAACUAAAAUCUGUCUUAGCAGUUCCUGGACUUGGUGGAAUACUGCUAUGUGGUGGACACGGAUCAGGAAAAACGGCCAUCGCAAAGACUGUGGCCUAUUCACUGGCACUUGAUUAUGAAACUUUAGCCCACUGUGUAACAGUGAAAUGCGCUGAUGCCACUGAAGAUCGUAUUUCUACUGUAAAGGAAAAACUGCAACAAUGUUUUGAUGAAGCCGCUUGGCGAGCUCCAAGCGUAAUUUUGUUUGAUGAUCUGGAUCGGUUAAUACCGGCAGAAGUCGAGCACAUGGACUCAUUCAGAUUUCGUCAACUGGCUGAAUGCUUCUACCAAAUUGCUUCCAGGAUGACAAAGCGUCAUAGAAUAGCUAUAUUUGCUACUGUUCAACAACAGACUUCGGUGCAUUCAUACUUGACCGUGAGCCACUUGUUCAGCGAGAUUGUGCACUUGCACCCGCCAACAAAGAUGGAACGAAAGGAGAUUAUGGAAACUAUAAUGUCAUCAGGUCCACCGAUGGCUAAGAACAGCAUUUCCAAAAUUGAUUUAUUGUCAGUUGCGGGUAGUACUGAUGGUUAUCUUGCUGCUGAUUUAAAAUCACUUGUUGAGAGGACAAUCCAUGAAGGCGUUGUAAGGCAGAUAAACGCAAGAUAUACUGGUGAGGGCGAGCCAUCGCUAGAUGAUGGUGAACUGACUGAGGAUGAUUUCAAGAAAGCUCAAGAUGGGUUUGUUCCCGUAUCCUUACGUGGAGUGAAGCUUCAAACAUCAAGUGUCAAUUGGUCUGAUAUCGGCGGAUUAAAGGAACCGAGAAGAAUUUUGUUGGAAACACUGGAAUGGCCGACAAAGUAUGCUUCCAUAUUUGAAAAUUGUCCACUUCGUCUGCGCUCUGGAUUACUUCUGUAUGGAUAUCCAGGAUGUGGAAAAACACUUUUGGCGUCUGCGGUUGCGAAGGAGUGUGGGUUAAAUUUCAUUAGUGUUAAGGGACCUGAAUUACUGAAUAAAUAUAUUGGUGCUAGCGAGAAAUCUGUCCGAGAUUUGUUUGAAAAAGCUCAAGCUGCUAAACCCUGCGUUUUGUUCUUUGACGAGUUUGAUUCAAUAGCACCAAAGAGAGGUCAUGAUAGCACAGGAGUAACUGACAGAGUAGUAAAUCAGAUGUUAACUCAAAUGGAUGGCGCUGAAGGCCUCGAUGGUGUAUAUGUGCUCGCUGCAACAAGUCGACCAGAUCUUAUUGAUCCUGCCUUAUUGCGUCCGGGUCGUCUUGACAAAUCACUGUUCUGUAAUAUGCCCACUCUUGAUGAGAGAAUAGAG